AUGAGCAAAUCAUCCAGCACAAGUCAGCCUGGAUACUCUUGUACACUGAGUCCGCAGGUUCUAGAGAAAGCCAUCAAGGAGUUGAACGAAGAUCCAAACACUCGGCUCAUAGAAGUGAAAAAUUUGAAGAUACGCUUGGAAAAACUACCCGGUCUGCAGCCACGAACCGAUGUCAGAUUUCUUCUGCGUUUUUUACGAGCUCGCAAGUUUGACCAGGAAAGGAGCUUCCAACUGGUGAAGAAUUAUUACGAUGUUCGCUUGCAGUCCCCAGAGAUUUUUGAUGACCUGAAGCCUUCCCGCGUACGCCAUGUUUUAGAGGAUGGUACAGUCGAGGUGCUUAAACAGCGAGACAACAAUGGCUGCAAGGUGAUCGUCAUCAGACCAGGGAACUGGAACCCUGACCAUUAUCCAUUCACUGAGGUACCAAAAGCUGUAUUCCUGCUAAUGUGGAAGAUUCUAGAGGAUGAGGAGACUCAGGUCAGCGGGAUUCACCUGAUCAACAACUUGGCAGGAUUUACUUUAAAACAUGCGGCACAUUUCAAUCCGGGCAUUGCCAAAACAUUUAUGGGCAUCAUUCAGGAUGUGCUGCCACUGAGGUUGAAGAGAUAUGAUUUUGUGAAUGAGCCAACAUUUUUCGAUGUUGUUUUUGCUAUCAUUAAACAAUUCAUGAAAGACAAACUGGUUAAAAGGAUUGUAAUGAAUGGAGACAAGUUUGAUAAAAUACACAGCACAAUCCCGCCAGAGUUCUUGCCUACAGACCUUGGGGGACAGUUACCACCUCACAGUAACAAGGAGUUAUUGGAUUCCUUGCUGGCCUCCGAUGCUCAGUUUGAAGAAGACAACAAGUUUGGCUUUGUACAAAUGAAAGUAAACAGUGGCAAAUCUGUGAGCAAAAGUGGAGAUGCCGACAUGCAAGGACUUGGCGGGACAUUCAAGAAGCUAGAUAUAUAG